AUGCGAGUUUGCGCCAAAUCUGCUGUUUGUGGAAUUCGAAAAUGCAAAAGGAGAUUUAGUGAUCAACAGACAUUCCAGGCACACGUUAACAAUGAUCACAAUCCGAUUUCGUUUCCUGAAUCUACCGUAAGUAGUUUUUCUUCAGCGCACAAAGCGGGGCUGCUUGAGAAAGGGUCUCCCAAAGCACAGCCCUUUGACAUACCCAAAAAACUUUUCAAAAAUAAUUUUGCAGGACUGGCCAGCCACUAAAUGCACCUGGAGGCAUUGCAAUCUACGAUACCAUCUUUCAAAAAAUUACUUUACACACUUCAAUGUUGAUCAUCUGAAGCUCAUGAACAUACGCAGUUAGUUUUUGACAACGAAAACUUUUGUGAACACAUUUUCUUUCAGUUCGCCCGGAUCCUCGAAAAAUCAAAAAACCCAAGCGAAAUAUGCAGUGCGAAAAUUGCCAUCGCAAAUUUGCGAGUCGCAAUAUGAUCCUCUUGCAUCACCUCCGUUGUCGUAAGUUUUUUCUGGAAUUUGGGAAUUCAAAAAAUAUUUCCUUUUUUUUUGUAGACAAAGAUAAGCGUCCAGUGGAUCAAGACGAACACUGGCCAGAGAUUCAAAAGUUCGAAGCGGAGCCAGAUCAGGAGAAGUGA